UGCUCUUCUCCUCCUUCUUCUCCUUCUCCUACUUUCUCCUGAUGAGUUCCUAUUUUGUCAACUCCUCUUUCCCGGUGACGCUCCCGGGAGCCGGUGGAGGCGGGCAGGCGGCGGCGGAGUCGUUCCUGGGUCAGAUCCCGCUCUACUCGUCGGGAUACGCCGCCGACCACCCUCUCAGGCACUACCCGGGGGCGGCGGCCGUCACGGCGGCCGCGGCCGUGGCGUACAGCGCCGGUGGGGGCGGCGCGCACCAGGACAAACCGUACGCGGCGUCCACUUACUAUCAGCAGGCGGCCAACGGAGCGUACGGCGGGCACCGGGCGGGAGCCGCGGGCGUGGGGGGCACGACCGGAGCCGGUGCCUGCGACUAUGCCACCGCAGCAGCGGCGGCGGCAGCGGCGGCGGCGGCGGCCGCCACGAGCUUCUACCGGGAUAAAGAGCAUCCGUGCGCGCUUGAUGACCAUCAGCUCGCGUUAAACCAGGACGGCAUGCACCGUAAGCUGGACUGCACGGGGCUCGGUGGGAAGGGGCUGUUCGGUGAAACGCUGGAUGACAAGCAAGCGGCGUCCACCCCCAUUUAUCCGUGGAUGCAGCGGAUGAACGCGUGCAACGGGACCUUCGGCAGUCCCGGGAGACGCGGCCGCCAGACGUACACCCGCUACCAGACCUUGGAGCUGGAGAAGGAGUUUCACUUCAACCGGUACCUGACGCGGCGGCGGCGGAUCGAGAUCGCGCACUCACUGUGCCUCACGGAGCGGCAGAUUAAGAUCUGGUUCCAGAACAGGAGGAUGAAGUGGAAGAAGGAGAACAAGCUGAUAAACUCCUCCUCGUCUUCCUCCUCCUCCUCCACCAUGAACGGUGCAGAUGAAGAGGAGAAACGGACGGAGUAGGAGAGGUGGAGGGGAAGAAACUGGUGUAAGACACGUUCCAGAGGAAGAGGAGAUGGAAGAAAAGACACGCUGCGACAUCCGGUUCAGUGUGUCCAGCAGUUGUCUAUUGAUGAGGCUCCGUUUCUCAAUCCGGUUCAUCUCUGAUAAUACCUGCUUCUGUAGACUUGUAAUCUAAAAAUUGGGAAAUAAUGUGUGAAAUCUGU